AUGGCUCCCAAGCUUCAGCUUUCCGGCCUCCAGAAGCAGGUCUUGGGACUGUACAGGGGAUUCUUGAGGGCUGCCCGCCUAAAGGCCCCCGAUGAACGCCGUAAGAUCGAGGGCAUUGUCUCUGCCGAGUUCCGACGGAAUUCCAAGGAUAUCGACCGGAAGAAUUUCCUGUACAUCGAGCAUCUGAUCCGACGAGGGAAGAAGCAACUUGAGCAGCUCAGCAGUCCUGUCACCGUUGGGAUAUCCACUCUUCAGGUUGGUUGA